CGCGAUUAGCCCGACCGACUGGCCCGAAGCACCCUGCAAUAAGCGGCAUCGGUCUGAGGAAGAGGGGAUGGAAGGGACGGGAGGAACCCGGACAAAGGAAUGGAACUCGGACCUCGCAGCGAUGGUGCGAGGGAUAUCAAUAGGGCGACGGAUAUCAAUAAUGAUAGCGCUUCUGCUGGCAACGAUUCUGCUGUCCUGCCGUUUCUCAGGGGCAGAGGCUGAGGCGUUUGUAUAUAACAGAUCACUGGCAUAUAUUGCUGUAGAGUUUGCUUCAGCUGAGGAGGAGGAGGAGGAGGAAGAGGAGGAGGACGAAGAGGACGAGGAGGAAGAGGAGGAUGACGGAGAGGAGGAGGAGACAAAGGAAGGAGUAGAAGACGAGGAGGACGAGGACGAGGAUGAGGAGGAAGAGGAGGAAGAUGAAGACGAGGAAGAUGAGGAGGACGAGAAGGAGAAUGAGGAAGAGGAGGAGGAGGAGGUGGUAGUGGAGGUGGGUGAAGGGGGAGGGUGGGCGUAACCUCACCUCGAUAUCGAUGCAGGAGGAGGACGAUGCUCUGGGUGAAGGUUCUAGCGGCGGCGGUGAUGGCUCGA